AUGCACGUGACUGCACUGCCAGCUCCAUCCGACUCGAUUGCCACCAUCACAGAAGCGCUGGCAGCCAACCGCGCGCUCGUAGCAGAGCUGCAAUCUCUAGAGCAGUUGCUAGUCCAGGAAGAGUCGAAACUACUCGCCCAAACGCAAUGUAUUCGCCGUCAAAUGGCGCUCCGAAGAGCUCAACGAGCAAUGGACACGCUAUUAUCUGGUACAUUGUCGCACGAGGCGGUACCGAAUCAAUAUGACAGGACGCCACGUCGCAGGAAAAAACUUGCUGGUGUCGUGCCUCGUUCGUACAUUCGUCCCCACGUGUCGUUCUUUACUGAUGACGUUGAGAAGGAACGAAAGGUGGGACGACCGUGGAAGAAGCUGAAGCAAAUAAAGGAGGACGAAGAGGAAGGAGAUCAGGAGGUACUGGAGCUUGGAGAUGCAGAACGAACGGCUCUUUGCCGUCUACCGGAGCCGCCAUGCAAUGCUGACACCAAAUUUCUCCGUGCUCAUAGUCACGAGUCAUUUGUAGCAGGUGUGCCAACAAUUUUCUCGAGUCGAGAGCGGAAAGUCGUUGCUGACUUUGCCGAGGACUUUUACACGACACACACAGCGGACGUGGAGAUUCCGUUGCAAGUGUGGAACGGUAUUCGUGCGUGGCAAGAGGCACGCAAGUCGAGGAAGUUUCCAAUCGAACGCUCGGGCUUUGCGUGCAAGUUGUGGUACGAUUUGCACGAGUCGCCCAAGUUACGGCUCGGUGCGUGGACAAAAGCAGAAGACGCAGCUCUUCGACGACUAGCUACGGGACAAGAAGAUCCGAAACUGGUGAAUAAGUGGCACGAUAUUGCAAAGCGCAUACCGGUGCCUGGAAGACCAGCAGCACACUGUCUUACUCGGUACCAGACCGCACUGAAUGCGGGUAGCACACGGUCAAACUUUACACCGGAGGAAGAUCAGAUACUACGUGAAGCUGUCCCGGUGUUUGGCGAAAAGUGGAACGUGAUUGCGGAUUUACUGGAUGGCCGUGUGUCCGAACAGAUCCGCCAUCGAUGGCAGCUCUCGCUUGCUCCAGGUCUUCGGCGAGGCAAGUUUUCACUGAUCGAAGAUCGAAGACUGCUGCUUGCACUCCGUGCGUACGUGCCGAAAGGCAGUGAGUUCAAUCACGACCAAGUGCCGUGGAAUGAUAUUUGCCAUCAUGUGCCUGGACGAACGCAGCCAGCGCUUCGAGACCGAUACACAAAUUGCAUGAACCCGGACUUGUCGUUCCGUAAAUUCACCAAGCAGGAAGAUGAUAUCAUUCUCGCACGAGUGCGUGAGUGGGGCAUCAAUUCAUCCAGACUCUGGCCCAGACUUGCUGCUGAGCUAAGUGGUCGCACUAAAUCUCAACUGUGUCGACGCUGGAAGCAUUUGGAUCCGGAUGCCUACGAGAAGCGUCGUAGAGCACUACUAGAUGCUAGCAAUAGCCAUGCAACAGCCGUCUUCCGUCGUCGGUCGAUACAUCGACAUGAUCCUCGCUACCGGAAUAAACAUACCAAGCGCAGCACAUACAAUGGUCUCGCAGUUGAGCAAGCCACAACCGAAUCAUUUACCCGAGAUCAUGCGAACGGAUCUAUAACGUUGUCCAGUUCCGAAGAGCUGGAGAUGCGCGAGACCGAAUGCCAGGAUGGUUCGACCGAGUACGGUCUGUAA